AUUUCUCUGAUCGUCAAUGGAUAUGGCAGCGAAGCCACUAGAUUAAUUGCACAUGGACGUCAUCGGGUUGAGUUACUCGGACGAUCUGAAUCCAAAUACGAUGAACUUAUAAUUUUGAUGACCUGUCAAUGAAUAAAGAAAAGGAAAAAGGAAAAACAAAACAAAAGAGUGGACAUGAUUGACUGCCACAUCCAAAGCUAGUACAUGACCUCCACCAUGGCUCGCCCAACAGCGCACUCUGAACACUGAUCCUUGCAACAAUGGAGGACGGCGAGCGCCAACACGUGGUUCUCUUCCCCUUCAUGGCCCAGGGUCACAUCACUCCCUUCGUCGCCCUCGCCGAGCUCCUCCGCCGCCGUUGUCCCACUCUCAUCGUCACUCUGGUCAGCACCCCUCUCAACAUACAAAAGAUUAAAAGUUCGUCCUGCCCUCCCUCCCUCUCUUCGAUUCGACUUCGCUCCAUUCCUUUCUCCCCCGCCGCCCACGGACUCCCCCCUGAAGCUGAGACCACCGGGGCCAUCCCCUUCCACCAGAUCGUCACUCUCCUCCAUGCCUCCCGGUCCCUCCAGCCCGCUUUCGAGCAGCUCAUCGAAGACAUAACGCAGGAAGACGGCCGUCCGCCUCUCUGCAUCAUCGCUGAUAACUUCUUUGCAUGGAGCGUCCACGUUGCGCGCCGUUUCGGAGCUUUUCAUUCCAUAUUUUUCACCAGCGGAGCUUAUGGCACGACCGUUGACUCCUCGCUGUGGACUCACCUACCCCACAGAAAGACAAAUUCCGACGAGUUCCCGCUACCUGAGUUCCCCGAUACCAUCAUCCACCGCUCGCAGCUCCCGAAGCACCUGCUCAUGGCCGACGGCACCGAUCCUUGGUCGGACUUCCUUCAGGGACAGAUAUCUCUCUCGUCGGAAACCGACGCCGUGAUCAUCAACACCGUCGAAGAGGUGGAGAAGACUGGGUUGCGGAUGCUUCGCAAAGUGCUUCCGUGUCCCGUUUGGCCCGUCGGUCCAGUGCUCUCUUCCCCUUCUUCAGCCAGCGCUGGUAACGAUCACAUCAUGAAAUGGUUGGAUUCUCAACCGCCGGCAUCCGUGUUGUACAUCUCAUUCGGCUCGCAGAACACCAUCGCCGCGCCGCAGAUGAAGGAGCUGGCGAUGGGGCUGGAGGCGAGCAGGACCCGGUUCUUGUGGGUCAUCAGGCCUCCUGUGGGGUUCGAUGUCAAGGGGGAGUUCAAGGCGGAGUGGCUGCCGGAGAAGUUCGAGGAGCGGAUGAGAGACGAAGGGACAGGGGUGUUGGUGCACGGGUGGGCACCGCAGCUGGAGAUCUUGUCGCACGCGUCGACGGGCGGGUUCCUGAGCCACUGCGGGUGGAACUCGGUGCUGGAGAGCUUGAGCCGAGGCGUGCCGAUCGUCGCGUGGCCCCUAUCGGGGGAUCAGCUGUACAACGCGAAGAUCAUGGAGGAGGAGCUGGGGGUAUGCGUGGAGGUAGCGAGGGGGAACAUGGAGAGCUCCAAGGCGGACAGGGUGGUGGUGGAGAAGGUGGUAAAAGAGGUGAUGCACGGAGGACAAAGGGGGAAGGAGAUAAGGAGGAGGGUGGAGGAAGUAAGGGGGCUGAUGAAAGAGGCAUGGAGGGACGGACCCGGGUCGUCGGUGAAGGGGUUGAGCGAGUUCUUCCGAGCUGCGGCUUCCAUGAGAGGUGCGGGGCUGAAGAUGUGACGCCUACAUUUGCGGUACCAAGUGGACUCCG